AUGUCAUCAGCUUCGUCGGUAACGGGAAGGAAGUUGGUUUUAAGUACGCUUCUGGAGACUGAUCACUAUGAGAGCUUGAUAAAGGAGCUGACUUGUACGAAAUGCAACAAAUAUAUGAAACCACCCAUUCAUCUUUGUGUGGACGGGCACAGUAUAUGCGGGCCUUGCUUUGGGAAAAGUUAUCAAUGUCACGUUUGCCAAAAAGAAUUCGCGCUAAUUCGUCCAAUAGUGCUGGAGUCUCUCGCUAACAAAAUCCUGUUCCCGUGUACAAAUGAUGGCUGUCCGAAGCAUGCCACAUUACCACUACUUGAGAAGCAUACCUCACACUGCCAAUAUCGCAUCAUAAACUGUUUUAUGGCUAGAGUUUAUGGUGAAUGCCAAUGGGAAGGUCGUGCUGGAGAGUGGAUGGACCACUGCUUUUUAGAUCAUAAGCAGCGCGUAACAGAACUCCCUUUCAUCACUGUCCAAGACAAGUGGGAAGCAAAACGAACUGAACCAGUGCUAAAUUACUUUCUAAUGAAAUGUUUUGAUAAAGUUUUCAAUGUUUAUCAAAUUUAUGACAAACGGGGAGGAAGAAUGAUGUGGACCGUUUUAGUAAACGAUGAGAACGCUGAGAAGUUCUACUUUGAAGUAGAUAUCUUCUUACCAAACGUUCCAUGUAAAAGGAUUGUAUAUAGGAGGCCUUGUAAGUGUGAAAAGGAUGCUGAUUUUCUAGAGCAUACACAAAACGUGUACAUUCCUGUAGAAAAUGUGUUUUCUAUGCUCGACGAGAGUGAAGCUAUGAACUUUACCGUCAGAAUUGGCGAGGUUGAAAACUUGCCGCUAUUGGAGACGCCCACGGCAAGCGAGAGUCUUAUACUACUUAACAACGACGAACAUAAAGAGAAC